UUGUAUUUAGCAUAAAUCUCUCAAAUAGUAAACCAACAAAGCAAAAAAGAAAGGAGCACAUGGGGAAGAAAAUGAAGCUCCCUUUUCUCUCCAACACCAAGUGCAACAGCAAACAAGCAAAAUCCUCAUGGCCAUGGCCUUCCUGUCACCAACCGAGAACCCUCUCUUUCAGAACAGAUGACAGCCUGUUCAAGACCAUCAACUCAGCUUACUUAGACGCCAUCAUUGAAGCUGAAACACCCGAGUCUUGGUUCUCCAACUGUUCUGAAUCCGCAAGCUUCUCAACAGCAUCUGAUGACGAAUAUGGCCAGGGGGCUGAUACUGUUGAGACUGUCAUUCGAGGCUUAAGGUCAGAGCGGCUUUUUUUCGAGCCUGGAGAGACUAGUUCAAUCCUGGAAGAGGCAAAACCGAGUGAUGGGUCACCUUUUAAAGAGAGUGUAGUCUUGUCAAUGGAGUCUCAAGAUCCGCAUGCUGAUUUCAGGAAGUCUAUGGAAGAAAUGGUGGAAGCUCACGGGUUAAAAGAUUGGGAAGAUAUUGAAGAACUGUUGUGUUGGUAUUUGAGAGCAAACGGAAAAAGCAAUCAUGGCUACAUCGUUGGUGCCUUUGUUGACUUGCUUGUAGGACUUGCUAUUUCUUCAACUAAUAAUUGUAUUCCUUCUUGUUCUAAUUGUUCUCACUCUCCUUCUUCUCCUUUAUCUUUUUACACUUCUUCAUCUGAGGAUAAUUCUUCAACAACAACUCCUUGUGCAUCUUCAUUGGAAGCUGAGGAAGAGAUUGAUAAUGGUCAUUGUCUAUCUUCAUUGUCAGGAGCAGAUCAGAAGGAGAUCAUUGAAGAUAAUAAAGAUGAUGCUUCUUCAUCUUUAUUGGAUGUUUGA